UACAGGGUUUUGUUUAAACCAAGUUCUAUAAAUAACAAUUUUCAGAAAUUAGAAUUAAAACCUUUUUUUUAAGCAAUCAAAUACCACAGAAAUCAUAAAAAGUCACUUUUUGAAUAGAAACACAUGUACAUAAUCUAGUUGGGUUGGUUGUAUAUAUACGACCAACUAUAUACAAGUGAGUGGAUACUACAGCAUGGUGUCUCGAGGUUAUGUGCAGUUUGUUUACAAGUUUUAAACCGCUUUCAAGUAAGCGAAUGUUAUCUGCCUUGUUAAAACAUCGAAAUUUGCACACGAUGAGCGAGUUCAUACAAAAACUAAAUCCACUCACUGGUCUAAAUCAAUGGGUAGUUUUAAACGAAGAUUAUGAUUAUCACCAGGAAGUGGCAAGAGCAGCCUUUGCUGAUAUGCUUCAUGAUACAGAACGAAACAACAUGUAUGAAAGAGCUCUAAAGGUGGCAAUCGAUCAUAUGCACGCACAAGGUAAGAAAGCAAAUGUGCUUGAUAUAGGCACUGGCACAGGUUUAUUAUCAAUGAUGGCAGUGAGACACAAAGCAGAUUCUGUUGUUGCCUGUGAAGCUUUCAAACCAAUGGGGGCAUGUGCAUUAGAAGUCAUCAAACUGAACAACUGCCAUGAUAAAAUAAAAGUAAUUCCUAAAAGAUCCACUGACAUAAUCAUAGGAGAAGAUAUGGAGUUCAAAGCAAAUAUCUUAGUAACAGAAGUAUUUGAUACUGAAUUAAUUGGUGAAGGUGCACUGGGAACAUUUCAACAUGCACACAAGUGUUUACUUGAGUCAGACUGCAUUGUAGUUCCGCAUAGUGGUACAAUUUAUGCUCAAAUUAUUGAAAGUCCAUUACUAGCCAGCUGGAAUAGAUUAAAUAAUGUGUUCAAUAAUGAUGGUGAACUGGAAAUCAAAGUUCCAGAGGCAAUCAAAAACUGCAAAGGAACUGCCAACUUGCAUGAUGUACAGUUAAGUCAACUCUCUGAACAUUCCUUUAAUAGUCUAGUUGAACCUCAAGCUGUCUUCCGAUUUGAUUUCUCCGGACGCACGCCGUUUAUUUACGAACGGUCAUCAGUCAGUAUUGUGAAAUCUUUACGAAAUGCUAUUGCACAUGGUGUGUUUAUGUGGUGGGAUUUGAAUAUGGACAUUGAUAAUAAAAUUAUCUUGUCUUGUGCUCCACAUUGGGCUCAUCCAUUGAAGACUGGCAAAGCUAUUCCAUGGAGAGAUCAUUGGAUGCAAGCAAUUUACUACUUUCCAAAAGAAUUAAAAGUCAGUCAAGGUUCAGAAGUAAGUCUGAUAAGUUGUCAUGAUGAAUAUUCUCUGUGGUUUAAUAUAAAAGAAGGAUUGAAAGUCACAGAUGCUGACUAUAAGUGUCCUCAGUGUGAUUGCAAUUUGCAUAAUGCGUACGCACGGACGCGAAUCGGUCAAUUAAACGACGCCAAACGAACGAAGAAGUUCCUGCGUAUUAUUGAUGAUUAUGUUAAUAAAGACAUCGUCGUUUUGGUGUUGAGUCAGGGAUUCUACGCUGGAUUGGUCGCUGCGAAACGUGCUAAGAAAGUUUAUUUCUUAGAAACGAAUCAGGUAUCUCGUUACGUUACAGCAUCGUUUAUAAAAGAAAAUGGUCUUGAAAAUGUGGAAAUCGUUGAUGCUAGUGGUGUAUUAUUGGCUGAAAAAGCAAACAUUGUUUUAGCUGAACCUUAUUACACUACUAGUAUAGUACCAUGGGAUAAUUUAUUGUUAUUGCAUCUUUUGAAGAAGUUUCAAGCGUCUCUCACUGAUGACGUGCGUAUAUUUCCUCAAAAAUGUAUUAUUAAGGCUGUAGCAAUGCAGUUUGAUGAUUUACACAAAAUUAGAGCGCCACUUGGCACAUGUAAUGGAUUUUUAAUGAAACCAUUCGAUCAUUUAAUUGAGCAGUCUUGUGAGAUAAGCGAUGAAGUAGUUGAAGCUCAACCACUUUGGGAAUAUCCAGGUCUUGCUGUAUCUGAGACCAUAGAAGUUGCCUCUUUUAGCAUUCAUGUUCCAAACAAAGAGAGCAACAAAGAUCUAAAAACAACUUUUGAAGUAAAGCCUGGGUUUAAAUGCAAUGGUAUUGCGGUUUGGGUCGAUUGGAUACUGGAUGACGAGCGAGCAGAAUAUUCGACGGUGACGAGCGGACCAGUGGUAGCCACUGAAGUGGGCAAGACCGUUCAAUGGGACGUGCAUUCGCGCCAAGGCGUGAGUUUGCUCGGUAAUCGGGAAAUGCCAAGUGUUUUCGACUAUGCGCUCCGGUGUGAUUUUGAAAGUGCGGAAUGUACGAUCGAAUUUAAACCGGUUUCAUAAGUUGCAUCGGAGUGACUAUCUGCGGAUUCACGAAUUCCCGAAAUCCACAUCAAUAACUGCUGUGAUGUCAUUAUAAGCUGCUUAAUUAUGAAUUAUAGCUUACGAUUUUUUAAAAAUUGUAAUGUUUUUCUCUAGGAGGCAAUAAAAAUGGUUUAUAUUGAUGUA